UUAUUGGAAGACAGCAUGUCCAACUUCACCUUGAGAAAAUCAUCUUCCCCAGGAAAUGAGAUGAAGAGCACCACUCAGGGGACCAUGCAGAAGCAACAGGGCUUUCACGAGGUGCAUAAAAGAAGAACUUUCCUGCAGGAUAACAGCUGGAUAAAGAAACGUCCAGAAGAAGAGAAAGAUGAAAAUUAUGGUAGGGUGGUUCUCAACCGACACAACUCCCAUGAUGCCUUGGACAGGAAAAUAAAUGACAGAGAUGAGCCAAAAGCUACAAUUAGUCGGUAUAGAUCUGAUGACACUCUGGACAGGAUCUCAGACAGAAAUGAUGCUGCUAAAACAUAUAAGGCCAAUACCUUGGAUAAACGACUAACCAAUAGGAGCAUGUCCACAUUUAGAUCACCAGAAGCAACAAAGUCGCAACCUGGCGGGUUAUUGAGUACAAACUCCUUCAACUCCACCGUGUCCACCUCUGCUACUACUCCUGUAAAGAAAAAGAGACAAUCCUGGUUCCCACCACCCCCUCCAGGUUAUAAGACCUCCCCAAGCAGAGAAACCAGCAGAAGGGAACCAGCUGUUCACCCUCCAAUACCUCCAAAGCCCAGCUCUCCUUUGACUUCUCCUAACCAGCUGAGACAGGACAAAAGGCAGAUGUCUCCAUCUAGACCUGGUAUAUAUACAGAAACCAGCAGAUCUGCUGAAAGAAAUAUAAGGAGUCAGGAUCUCGAUAACAUCGUCAAAGUGGCCACUUCACUUCAGAAAACUGACAAAGGUGAAGAACUGGAUAAUCUCAUCAAAAUGAACAAAAGCUUAAAGAGAAAUCAAGGUCUUGAUGGUCUCUUCAGAGCAAAUCCAAAGACAGAGGAAACAGAGAAAAGAGCCAAAAGCCUUGAAAGUCUCAUCUAUGUGAAUACCCGGACAGAUAAAGAUGGCAAAGGAAACCAGAGCCCUGACAGUUUCAUUAAAGAAAAUCCCAGACUAGUCAAGAAUGACAAAGGAAACCAAGAUCUCGAAUCUGCUAUCAAAGUGAAUGCCAGGACUGAUAACACCAUCAGAGGAGGUGAAAAUCCUGCUAAUGCUAGCAAAGUGAAUCCCAAAGGAAAUGGAAAUACCACUGGAAAACAAGACCUCGAUGGGCUUAUUAAAGUGGAUCUUGAAACAAAUAAAAAUAUUAGGAGGGGACAGAGCCUUGACAAUCUCAUCAAAGUGACCCCUGAAGUAAACAGAAGUAACCAAGGUGCCAAAGACCUUAAUAACCUCAUCAAAGACAAUCCAAGAACAGGAAAAAGUAUGCAAGGGGUCCAAGGUCUUGACACCCUCAUCAAGGUGACUCCUAAAAUGGACAGAACUAAUCAAGGAAAACAAGACAUGGACAAUCUUACCAAAGUGAUGCCCUCAGCAAACAAAAGCAGUGAACAAAGUUUCGAUGAACAUAUUAAUAUAAACCCCAAAGCUAUCGGAAAUCAAGAUCUUGACAAGCUCAUCAAAGUGAAUCCAGAAAUUCUCACAAACAACCAAAGAAACCAGGAUCUCAAUAACCUCAUCAAAGUGAAUCUUGCAGUAAUCAGAAACAAUCAGAGCCAAGACUUGGACGAUCUUAUUAAAGUGAAACCUUCAGCUCUCAGAAACAGUAAUCGAGACCAGGAGCUGGAUACUUUAAUUGAAGUAAAUUCUCAUAUGUCUCAAAAUAAGAAUGGAAGCUCCAAUGCCGGAACCAAGCAUGUGGGCUCAAAGGACACUGUUGUAUACACAAGGACAUAUGUGGAGAAUAGUAAAUCAUCAAAGGAUGGAUAUCUGGAAAAUAUCUCUGGAAAAUACAUACAAACUGUUUAUUCAACUUCAGAUAGGUCUGUCAUUGAAAAAGAUAUGUGCACUUAUUGCCGAAAACCUUUGGGUAUAGAAACUAAAAUGAUUUUAGAUGAAUUACAAAUUUGCUGCCAUUCUACUUGCUUUAAGUGUGAGAUAUGCAAACAGCCUUUGGAAAAUCUACAAGCAGGUGACAGUAUUUGGAUUUAUAGACAGACAAUACACUGUGAACCUUGCUACUCUAAAGUUAUGGCAAAGUGGAUUCAAUAAUUCUGGCUCAUGGAAAUCAAGAUGAAAAGCCUUAAGGAAUAAAAGUUAAACGUUUUAUUUUAAGAAUAUGUAAUUUAGAAAAGCUUUUACAUUGAAGAUCAACUCAUAUAAAAGUAACAGUUUUGCUAUUGCAUAAAUCAUCUAAUUGCUUUCAAUGGGGUCAUACAAAUAAAAAGAACCAUCUGGUAUCUAGCUAGAUUUUGUGAUAAAAAGUUUACAUGGAAUAAUGCUUCUGAUAGGCAGUGAA